ACGAACUCGUCCGCCCGUCCGUAGGCUGCGCAGAGAAGUACCGACGUGCCGUACAAGGGUGACAAGAAUGUCACAGGUUCCGAGGAUCCCAGUGGCUCCACAGCCAGGAGCGGCGGCCGCGGGAGUAGCUCAGGCCGCAGGCACCGGACAACCGCACCCGGGACAGAACGUGCGCCCGGCGGGUCCACAGCAGGGAGCAGCGGCCGCAGGAGCAGCUCAGGCCGCAGGAGCAGCGGCCGCAGGAGCAGCUCAACCAGCAGGAGCAGCGGUGCCAGGAGCAGCUCAACCAGCAGGAGCAGCGGGCGCAGGGGCAGCCCAAGCCGCAGGGGCAGCUCAAGCCGCAGAGGCAGCUCAAGCCGCAGGAGCGGCUCAAGCCGCAGGAGGACAACCGGGGCAAGCAGUAGCCGCCCGUCAGCCCUCCCCAGAGCAGGCGCUAAGAGAGCGCAUCGCCCAACUUGAGAGUACAGUACAACGGUUGGCGGGAACGGCAGUCAGGAAUACGGAGACUAUCCGGGAAGAGCUGCUGGAGCAGACAAAGAGACCCCCCGCCAUUUUCGACCCCCUUAAAGCCAUGGCGCUAAUGGAGUCACUGAUGGAUACAGCUAGAAACGAGGGCCACGAGAAGGCGGAGGAAUUCAAGUUGUUGGUCUCCCAGUUGAGGCCUCAUUUGCAUCGCCCUUACUUUAAGGAGUUAAUCAUAGAUCAGUAUAGUUCGGGACUACUUAGGCAGGUGAACAAGGGGAUCGCUACCUUUAUGAAAACCCACAUGCGGCAUGGUGGAGUUACUGUUAACCAGCAGCAGUCAUGGCAGUACCCCCAGGCGUCGGUGCACUCCUUCCCACAUGUCCCACAGCCCCCUCCACAGCGUUUUGACAGGCGCCCACGGGGUCGUGGUCGUAGAGCCACUCCACGCCCCACAGACAAGUGUUUCAGGUGUUGGGGGUUGGGGCAUUGGGCAAAGGGGUGCACGGCGACUGUGGAGCACAAGUAA